AUGCUCGUCUCUCAGUCGAAUGAACUGGCCGGUCUUCUUGCCUCACAGUCGCACCUUUUGAUCAAUCUCGUCUGGACAAGUCUCUCCGGCUUGCCAACCAACUGUCCAUCUCUCGGUAGCUCUUACAGACCGCCUCCGUCCUCCUCUCCAUCACCGGCCGAACAGCCGACUGGUUUGCCUCGAUACCGGCCAGCAUCUCGUCUUUUGGCGCAUCAUCUUGUCUCGUUACUCAUUCACCUUAACACAGGCCAACUGGCACUUUCGCCGACGUCACAGCAAAUGACUUCAUGUCUGACCGAUCCUCUCGGCGAAAGCGCCAUGAGCUACAGCCGAAGUUCUGCAGCUUGCUCGAUGCCUGGCCGUUUCGCGCAUCCCCACAGUCCGUACUACCCGAAUGAGGCGGAUUUAGAGAGCUUUGACCUGACCGCGGACAACGAGGAUGAUGACGAUGAUGCCGACGACACGGAGGAGGAGGAGGAAGAGGAGGAGGAGGAGGAGGAUGAGGACGGAGAGGAGGAGUAUGAGGGGGAAGCGGAGGCUGAGGUGGAGGAGGAGGACGAGGAUAGGGGAGAAGAGACUAAUCUAGGAAAAGUGGAAGUCAAAGAAGAAAAUGAUGAGGUGAGAAAGAAGGUGGUGGAUAAAGAGAAGAAACUGUUGCAAGAAAACGACGGCUAUAACAAAUGUACAGAAAUGAAGCAUGACGAUAUCUCCAAGGCCACCAUUCAACCGGCCGAUACAGACGAUGUUUCGUCGUCUGUCCGAGAUCGGAGUGUUGCUCUGAACGCAAGCCUCAACGAUCAGCCCCUCGGCCAUCGCAGACCAGUCAGAGGGACACGUCUUCGACCUCUGGAGCAUCGACUUAUCACGGUCGACCAGCGUAGGAGAGCCUUUCGUGAAGCUGGGGGAUAUCGGAAAUUGCUGUCGUUGCUACGCCAUCUGAUGCUGCACUCAUCGGACGGUGAGAUGGACCAGGUCGAGGGCGAGGAGGAGGACGAAGACGAGGGUGAGAGCGAGAACGAAGUUGGGGCCAAGGCGAGGAAGAGAGCGGGCCGAGGGGGUGUAGAAACCGGGCGUGAGGAGAGCUCAGGCUCUGAUGCUGACAACAAAUGGAGCACUCCAAUUGAUGUCGACUUCUUGUUGAAGUACUUCAUAGCUUGGGUAGGGCUUUUUUUCCGUUUAUUAUUGGGUUUUCGAGACUACUGGUAG